AUGACCUCCCACCAGAUCGCCAUUGCCAAGGCCUCCUUCUCGGCUGGGCUCUUGCGUCCAGAUCCUUCAUCUGUUCCUCGAGAUGACAUCGCUGCCUUUCACACGGCCCUCGAGCGCGCCCUCAACCACUGCUCCCCAGCAAACAUCCAGACCUGCAAAGCAUGGCUACUCCAAUACGUCGCCUCCUCCGCUAACCGGGUGGGAGGGUUAGCCAAAUAUCUCGUAGCCCUCGCUGGCUCCUCUGAUGAACCGGCAACCGCAGCUGCAGGCCCUGGCGGUCGUCCCGGUGCUGGCACUCGAUCUAAAACUUCAGUAAAGCGCCGGAGGCUUCACAUCCUCUAUCUCCUCAAUGAUCUGUUCCAUCAUAGCAAGUACCACCUCGAUACUACGGCUACCUUCUCCACCGUCAGCGGAUCUCUACAACCAUACGUGGUGGAGCUGCUUGGGCACGCCGCAGCCUAUGAUCGACAGAAGCAUCCCCGGCACCAUCGGCGCCUAGAUGACCUACUGGAUAUCUGGUUCGAGCAUGGAUACUUUGGUCCCGAAUUGGUCCAGAAAUUGCGAGAGACGGCGAAUAACUCGGCUUCCAUCGGAUCCACGGGCACUGCCCCAUCCUCGUCGACUGAUGUCUUGAUUGAGGAUACUGAUGCUGCUAAGAAGCUGGCCGGGAAGGAAGCGCCCUUUAUCAUGCCAUCCACUCAUGGCGACCCUUCCACGCCGUACUACGACCUGCCGGCUGGCAAUUGGAUUCCUCAUAUCAUCCCCAACUCGACCAUUCCUCUGCGCUCGGAUAGCAUCAAACCACUACAGUUCCUGGCCGGUCCUGCCGAUCAAUCAUUAGUCAAGGCUUUGAAAGACUUCUUGCAGGAAGCGGAUCAGAUCUAUGGUACCGAGGAGCUCAUCAAGGAUGAUGGAAACAUGGAUAUCGAUGAGCUCGGCCAUCGCGUCACACGGGACGAAAUCACAGGGGAUAUCUUGGAUGGCGAGACAUACUACGGCUGGUCUCGGGCAUUUUGUCAGCAAAUGAAAAGGCGACCGGGAGACUCUCGCAGUCGCAGUCGGAGCCAUAGCAGAUCCCGCGGGGCCCUCAAACGGCGGUACAGCGACAGCUCGCUGAGCCAGGACAGCCAACGCUCCGAUUCUGAAUCGCGCAGUCGGGCUCAUACUGGUAAACGGGAGAAUCGACGCUACGACUCACGCCCGCGGAGCCGCUCCCGCCGCAGAUCUCGAUCUCGCACGAGCGAAAGCUCCUAUGCGCCACGAGAACAAUCUCCACCACGCUUCCCGCCUCCACAUCAACCCUCGCACGCUCCUCCGCCGCCACCACCCCCUGAGCCCUAUCAACAGACUCAUCCAUACAAUCCACAAUACCCUGCGGCUCCUUCGGGCGCCAAUUUCGCUCCCCCACCUCCACCCCCAUAUCCCGGCGCUUGGCCGCCUGGCCCACCCCCACAUAUGCCGGGCAUGCCCUUUCCCCCACUUGGCCAGGGAAUGAACCCUGCAUUUGCUCCGUCAUUCCCAGGACAUCCUCCUCCCAUGCCCAUGCCUCCUGGCCAACAGCUUCCUCCUGGGCAGUAUCAUUUCCCUCCUCCGCACCCUGGUGGUCAACAUGGUGAUGGCUGGGGACAACAGGGCGGGCGUGGCUGGCGAUAG